AUGGCGAAUCCUAUGGAAUUGGAAGACGAAGAUCAACAUUUGAAUUUGGGUGGGUGUUUCAGAAGCAAGCAAGCGAUCUCUAUCUUAUACCUUGUGGUUGUCAAGGAUACCGUUUCCAUGGUUUUGGAAAUCAGCUACCUGCAAGUCGUCUCUUUAUCGGUGGAUCUUCAGAGCAAUGUUUUUAUCGGUGCCAUGGCGGAUCUCAUUCCUCAAGUACUUGUAUGGAUACCUUGGACGUUCUCUUGCAAGUCAAUAUCCUCGCGUAUGCUAUUUCAUCAAGGCCGGAUUUAUUUGUUGCACUAUGAUUUACAUGCGACAGUGUGGUCAGCCCUAUCUUGGCCCUAUCAAGUGCAUUUGAGGAUUACUGCCUUAGCCGUUGGAAGUUAG